UUGAGAGGGGGCGGGAUCAUGGAAAGACUGUCGGCCUGCCUCCUGCUUUUUAUUUAUAUUCACUUAUUUAUUUCGGGUCUGUUUUUCGGGCUUUAACAUGACUCCCGCGGAGUCUAUUCUGUGUUUGAACGUGCUGCUGUCCCUACACGUCGUCGCCCAGUUCCGGGAUCAUGUUCGGCAGCAGUGGCCCGUUCCCUACAGACGGUUCGAUCGCCGCCCUGCUGUGGACUCUUACUGUGAAGCUUUCUACCCGUUCUGCCCCACCGGAGACCGGGAUGGACGAAUCCCCUACAUGAGAGACACCGAUGUAAUCUCAGUUUAUCGGCUGCAAACACCUGUGUGGGAAUUCAAGUACGGAGAAUUGCUGGGGAAAUUUCAUAUCAUGCAUGAUGCCAUUGGCUUCAGCAGUUCAGAGACGGGGGCCAACUACACCAUGGAGUGGUAUGAGCUGUUUCAGCUCGGUAACUGCACCUUCCCUCACCUCAGACCCGAGGUGUAUGCACCUUUCUGGUGCAACCAGGGAGCUGCCUGCUUCUUUGAAGGCAUCGAUGACUUACACUGGUCGCAAAAUGGCACCUUGGAGAAAAUAGGAGAAAUAACUGGGAGCCAGUUCAGUGACAUAGCCCAGUGGGUCCAAGACGACAACGAGACUGGGAUCUAUUACGAGACAUGGACAGUUCGCUCUGACCCCAGCCCUAACGCCACAGUGUGGUUCGAGUCGUACGACUGCUCCCAGUUCGUCCACCGCACAUACGGGAAACUGACGGAGCUUGGGGCCAAACUGUCCAGUAGAUCACAAACCAACUACACCAAGAUCUACCUGUACAGCGGUGAGCCCACAUACCUCGGCAACGACAGCGCCAUAUUCGGACAGCCUGCUCUGAAGAAUCUGGCGGCGGACAUCCGUAAAUUUUACCACACAUUCAGGCCGCACCAGUCAUUCCUAGACUUUGCCAUCAGUCUGCUGGAGGCUUAUAAAAAGGUCGUUCUGGACAAGAGCUUUUACCUCUACUACAACUUUGAGUACUGGCAUUUGCCAAUGAAACCUCCCUAUGUGCAGAUUACAUAUGAAGAGGUGCCUUUGCCUUAACAUCCAACUUGCACCACAAUUAGUUUCAUAAAUGAUUAGCCAGUCGAUUCAUUGAUCAUCCAAAAGCUAAGUAUAUUGGCAGUAAUUAAAAAGCAGCAAAAGCAGAAAAUCGCUCGGGCAUCAUCAUACAUUGGAGAAGCUGAAAUCAGUGAAUGUUUGUCGUUUUUGUUUGAUAAAUGACAUAAAUGAUUAAUCGAUUAUCAAAAUAUUUGUUGACGUUCAAACGUUAAUUUUUGACCACGAGAACAGCAUUCGAGAGAACAAUCUGACCAUCAGGUCCAGAUCAUAUCACAUGAAGUUGCUGAGUUAGAAGUGCCAUCUGCAGUUUUUCUUGUAAACGAACAAAACCUUGUGUUAUCAUUCAGUGUUUCUCACCAAAAUGUGUCCUUGAGGCCGAACAAACAUGUUUACUGCGAAUUCCUUCCUCCAUAAAACAUUUGCAAAGCUCAUGUUUUGAAUGUUUUAAAUUGUGAUUUGUUUACAUCCGUGUUUGUUAAGCUUGCAGUCUUCUUCGUCCCCGCCUUUGUUGGUGCGUUGCUGCAUUUGAACCCUCAAAUUUUAAGCCGACAUGGACAAGGAGUCCUUGUGUGCGAGGUGCUCAGAAAAAAACGUGGAAAUCUACAAUUCCAUAACUGGACUAAUAAACUCCACCUGCUGAUGAAGAACAAGCGAUAUGAUCUCCAGAACAGCAACUGAAUGGACCCUUUGUACUGUUUUCAUCAGGGGUGUGAUCAGAACCUGUAUCUAUUAAAUUUCUUGAAGCAGGAAAUCUCAGCAAAGCGUUGGGUUACUCUUUGUAUUUUUGGGAUGGGAUGAUAGUCUGUGUUGAAAGUCAUCUUUCGUGCACCAUGGUUGGGGACAGCUCGAAUGCUUUCCUAACCCUUAGCAGGAGCUUAAAUACUGUAAACCGGAUCUAGAAGAUAUGCGAAUAUUUAGACAAUGCAGCUUUUUAAAAGUGUUAAUUGGAGAAAAACAUUUUCCAGAAUGCAGCUGUUUCAUAUACAGAAAGAAAGUACAUGCCAUUUAGUUAUAUUAAUUUUCCCCACAACCACACCUAAAGGAAAGAAAAGUACUUUCCCUGGAUUUGUCUUGAGUGUCAUUAAUAUCAUAACCAUAAUCAUCCCAUGUCAUACUCUCAGGAGGGACUAUUUAAGUCAAUCACUGAGCCCGUUUCCAAGCAAGAUUUUCUGAGAUGACUGAUAAAUGCCGACAAAGAAUCGCAAAUCACGGGAGGACUGUGUUUCACACGUUAGUAUUUCAGCACAAAUUUCCCCGAUUUCUGGACCUAGGGUAAAAAAAAAAA